AUGGGAAUAUCAGCCUCAAAACGAGUGAAAACAACACUAUCCAACUCACAAGAAUUCAACUCAGCUUGUGACUCAACCUUCACUCACUGCCUCUCCCUAACCCAACAUGCCUUCCAAAGCGUCCUCCCUUACCAACUCCCUACCGCCGCCACUCACCUUCACACCAUCCUCACCACCACCCCCACCGCAGCCCCACUAAUCCUCAAGUGGGUCCCAUCUCCACCAACCCGGACCCAAAUUGACCGGGCCCUCAGGAUGGUCACAAACAAGAAGCCAGGGCCGGCCCAUGAGGAGAAAGAGGGGUUGAUUCUUGGGUCUGCCCAGUUUAGAGAGUGGGCUUUGGUUUUGUUCACCGAGGCCGCUGUGGGUAAUGCUGGUAAGGCUAUUUUGGGUCGGCUGCCACUUGGGGUCGCCGGGAUCUUGGGUGUUGGCGCGGUGGUGAAGGGUGGUACAGAGGUGGUGGGGGCGGCGAUUGGGGUUUACGCCCUCGGUGUUGCUACUUCUGUCUAUCUUAGUUUGUCUGGUUAA